AUCCAAUGCCGCCCUCCCCCAUGCCACCUCCAAAUCAGUUGCGCGAAUAGCUGCAAUCCGCCCGGGGCAGUCAUGGAGUCGCCCGUCGUUGCCCAGCUUUUCCGACAGCUGUUUUCUCACCGCGCUGCGCAUUGCAUAGCACGACGCAUGCCCGCCCAUUCACGCCUGCCACGCGCUUCCCGUCGGGGCCUCGCCUUUACUAGCAAUGGAGACACAAAGGAGAGCAAAUGGCAGCAAAGGACAGAUCUAUUCCCACUGGACAAGUCUGAGGAAUAUCGGCGAUAUCCCAUGGUCACGGCCGAGAACCUGAAGUUGAGAAGAGAGCGGCCAAGACGAGUGAAGAUGCUUCUUCGAGAUUUUAUUGAAGAUAGUUUGUACAAUCCUCACUAUGGCUACUUCUCGAAGCAGGUCGUCAUCUUCUCUCCCGGAGAGCCGUUCAAUUUCGGUGCCAUGCAGAACGAAAAGGAAUUCCACCGCCUGCUUGGAGAGCGCUACACUGCCUUUGAGGAUGCCCUGGACGCAAAAGAGGAAAAUGAGACUAGGCAGCUAUGGCAUACUCCCACUGAGCUCUUCCGGCCGUACUAUGGGGAAGCUAUCGCUCGUCAUCUUGUCACCAAUUACAAGCUGUCUUCAUACCCCUAUCACGACCUCACAAUAUAUGAGAUGGGUGCUGGAAACGGGACGUUGAUGCUAAACAUAUUGGACUUCAUUCGGGAUCUUCAUCCUGAGGUUUACGAGCGAACCAAGUUCAAGGUCAUAGAAAUAUCUACUUCUCUCGCAUCUAUACAGGCCCAGGGUCUUCGCCGUUCAGCAUACGCUCGCGGCCACUCGGACAAGGUUGACAUCAUCAAUCGUUCGAUAUUCGACUGGGAUACAUAUGUCCCUUCGCCAUGCUUCUUUCUCGCUCUCGAGGUUUUCGACAAUUUUGCUCAUGACGCCCUCAGAUACGAUACCACCACCGGAGAGCCUCUGCAAUCAAACGUUCUGAUUGACACAAACGGUGACUUCUAUGAAUUCUAUUCCAGAAACCUAGACCCUCUUGCAGCGCGGUACCUGAGAGUCCGUGAUGCUGCGUGUACAUUCCCCUACAACCACCCUCUGCGGGAGUCACGAUUCGUCCGAAAGGCGCGUGCCAUGGUGCCAUUCUCGCCGAACAUGACAACUCCGGAGUACAUACCUACAAGGUUAAUGCAAUUCUUCGACAUCCUUUACACCUACUUUCCCGCACAUAAGCUUGUGACGAGCGACUUCCACAGCCUGCCAGACACCAUUCGCGGUAUAAAUUCACCUGUUGUGCAGACGAGAUAUAAGCGACAAACAGUGCCUGUUACAACUCCAUUAGUACAGCAAGGCUUCUUUGACAUAUUAUUUCCUACCGAUUUCGGCGUCAUGGAGGACAUGUACCGCGCGAUAACUGGAAAGCUUACGCGUGUGCUCUCCCACGAGGAAUAUCUGAAGAGAUGGGCAUAUGUGGAGGACACGCAGACCAGGAACGGAGAGAACCCGCUUUUGAGCUGGUAUAAGAACGCCUCUGUCAUGAUAACUGUAUAAAUUAGACGUCCCAUGUAGCACAAAAUCUAAGAGACUAUCACGACAUUUUUAGGUCGGGAAUUGAAUUCGUUUCAUGGGU